CUAAAUAAGUUGCAAGAUCUUCAUCCUUUGCCUAAGAUAAUUUUAGAAUACCGUCAGGUUCAUAAGAUGAAAUCGACUUAUGUGGAUGGACUACGAACAUGCAUGAGAAAGGGAUUUAUUUCCUCUAUAUGGAAUCAGACAGGAACUGUGAGUGGCAGACUCUCAGCCAAACAUCCAAACAUUCAAGGUAUCUCUAAACAUCCAGUUAGAAUUACAAAGAAACAAUACAUAAAAGGAAAAGAAGAAGAAAUAGUAACUAUUUGCCCAAGAACAUUGUUUGUUUCAAAAAAAGGAUAUACAUUUUUAGCAGCAGAUUUUUCCCAUAUUGAGUUAAGGAUCCUUGCUGACUUAUCAUCUGAACCAGAACUUUUGAAACUGUUCCAAGAACCUGAAACCACUGAUAUCUUCUCCACACUGGCUUCUCAGUGGAAGGGGAUUCCAAGUGAACAAGUGAAACAUGCUGAUAGAGAGCAAGCAAAGCGUAUAGUUUACUCAGUGGUUUAUGGAGCAGGUAAAGAACGUCUUGCUGACUGCCUCAGAAUUACUCCUCUUCAAGCCAGUCAAUUUAUAGAGAGUUUUAUGCAAAAAUACAAGAAAGUACAUGAAUUUACAAAGAAAACCAUUGAACAAUGCCGAAAUAAAGGUUACGUGGUUUCCAUAAUGGGACGUAAAAGACCACUGGCUAAUAUCAAUGCACAGGAUUACAAACUACGCACUCAAGCGGAGAGGCAGGCUGUCAAUUUCGUUGUUCAAGGAUCUGCAGCUGAUCUUUGUAAAAUGGCUAUGGUGGAGAUUUUUACUUCAGUUGUCAGUUCUCCAACUUUAACAGCCAGGUUAAUUGCCCAGAUUCAUGACGAGUUGUUGUUUGAAGUAGAAGAUUCUCAAAUCCAGGAGUUUUCAGCACUGGUAAAAAGAACAAUGGAGUCCCUGCAGCAAACCACAGCCUUGGAAGUGCCACUAAAGGUUCCCUUGAAAGUGAUUCUUACCACUGGGAAAUCAUGGGGGUGUAUGACAGAAUUGCAGGAGAUGUAA